AUGUAUCUAUAUUGCAUAAUUUUAUUUAUUUUCAAAAUUGUAGUUGAACAUACACAAUUGAGAAUUUUAAUUCAACCGGUGGAGAAAUUUCGUUUCAGAUAUAAAUCUGAAAUGUCAGGAAAUUAUAGCACUCUUCUUGGUGAAAGAGAAAAAACCAAUUAUAAAAAACAAGUUCCUACGAUACAGCUAGUAAAUUGUCCAUUUAAGAUUGCUGUCAUAAGAUGCACUUUAGUUACCGCAGACGAGGAAAAUAGAUUUCCUCAUGCUCAUCACUUAGUUAGAAAGAAUGGUAAUACUGAUACAGAUGAUCCGCACGAUAUAGAAGUUAGUAGUGAAAAUAACUUUAUUGCAAAAUUCUACAAUAUGGGUAUUAUACAUACAGCAAAAAAACAUGUUAGGGAUGAAAUUGUGAGAAGAAAAAGAAUAGAACUUUUAGGAGAAAAAGAGAAGGUUCAGUUUGGAAAUGCUACUAUAAGUACGCGUGAAGAUAUACAAAUAAAAUUAGAGGCAGAAAGAAUUCAAAUGCGGAUGAAUUUAAAUACCGUUGCCCUUUGUUUUCAAGGUUUUUUUUAUGGAGAGAAUAAUGUUUUACAUCCUUUCACAGAGAAAGUAUAUAGCCAUCCGAUUAAUAAUCUAAAAAGUGCUUUAACCGGAGAUCUUAAAAUUUGUCGUAUCGAUAAACAAUCGUGCUCUUGUGAAGGAAAUGAAGAAGUUUUCUUAUUGGUUGAAAAAGUAGGAAAAAAAAACAUUAAAGUAAAAUUAUAUGAAAUUGAUAAUAGUGAUAAUAUAAUCUGGGAAGCCGAGGGACGUUUUACAGAACUUGAUGUUCAUCAUCAAUAUGCAAUUGUCUUUAAAACACCACCGUAUAAAGAUACUAAUAUAACGAGUCCAAAAGAAGUGUUUAUAAGAUUAGAAAGGCCAACGGAUGGUGAAGUUUCUAAUAGUGUUAUGUUUGUAUAUAAGCCAUUGGACAAGAACUUAAAUAGAAAACGACCACGUUUAGCGUCUACUUGUGAAACUGUAGAAUCUAUUGAAACUGAUCUUAUGGAGAAUUCUUCAUUAGAAAAUUACUCGCCAAUGAAUGAAACAUUUGUAAAUUUGGAUAAUGACAUUUCAAGUCUUACUGGAGAAUUGAAAGAAUUAUUGAACGAUGAUCAUUAUUGUAAUUCAGAAGAUUUUAAAACAUACUUCAGCGAUCUCAGCACUUUAGAAAGUGAGAAGAAUUUCGCCAACGAUAUACUUCAGAAAGUUUUAAGGACCUUAAGGGAUACUGCAUUAACAGAUAAUUCUAAGGCAACUAUAAUUGUUAUGACGCGCAAUAUUUUGCUGAAAACAACGCAAUUUGGAGAUACGGCACUGCAUUUUUCUCUGCGUCAUAAAGAAUAUAAAAUUUCAAAAUGCAUCGUUUCAAUCUUAAGCUUCGAUCCAUUGUUGAGCAAAAUUGUCAAUAUACAAAAUAGUAGUGGCAUGACUCCACUCCAUCUUGCAGUUUUACGAAAUCAAUCGGAUAUUGUUAAAGCCCUUUUGAACAUCGGAGCCGAUCCAAAUUUAUGCGACGAAGCAGGUGCAACGUCCUUACACAAUGCUGUAAUAGCGAGGGCAUCCGGCUGCAUCGACCAGUUGCUCCGCUCGAGCAAAAAUGUUAACCUGGAGGCACACACGGAGUCCGGAUGGACGGCGCUGCACUUAGCAGCGCAGGUCGGCUCGCUGCUCGCGGUCCACGUCCUGAUAAAAGCCGGGGCUGAUGUCAACUCCAUCGACAAGUUAUGUGGAUGCACCGCCCUACAUAUCGCCGUCGAUGCUAAUCACAAGCAUAUCGUCGAUUAUCUCCUCACCACGACGAAAAUCGAUUUAAAUAAGAAAAACUUCGGAGGUAAUACAGCAUUACAGAGUGCAGUUGCCAAAAGGGGUAAAUGUGCCGAAGAUCUUAUUAAAAUAUUUAAUAAGUACGGAGCUGAUCCAAAAAUAAGGAAUAAUAAUAUUGAUCGGAAUGAUGAAGAGGAAAAUAUGAGCAGAUUAUCAGCCGAAAUUUUGAUCGAUAUUUCUGAUUCGGUUAUCGACAUCGAAAGCAGCGAUUCCGAUGACGACUUUCCAGAAUCCGACGAAUCGUCGUGCGACCUGGCACAAAAUGACCAAAAGUUGAUGCAACUUUCGUGUGGUCGCGGGUGCGAGUAUUCCGUUGACGAGAAGCUGGACUCCGGUUGUGAUAUGGUCCCAGGUGACAAUUCUUUCGCUCGAUCGAAUUCCGUUGUCAUAAAUCAUUCGGAUGCGGAGGAACAUCCGACCAACAGGGCAACUACCAUUCCGAUUUCGCAGAAAUCCAUGUCGAGCACGAGGCCUUGGGAGGACAAAUUGACGGAUGAUCAUGUCCAUCGUAUAAAAGACAUUUUGGAAAGAACGGGUGGUUGGGAGAGGUUGGCUCAACAUACGAAUCAUGGAUCCUUAGUGAGGCUGUAUAGAAAAACAUCGUCCCCAUGUUCGGCGCUCUUUACGAAAAUCAGAUUGCAGCAACCCGAUAUUACACUGCAGAAUGUAAAAAAUUUGUUGACAGAUGUACAAGAAUUUGAAGCCGUGUCUGCAUUGGAAAAACAAUGACUUCGUAAUAUAAAUUAUAUGUACAUUUCAACAAAAGAUCGUUAUACUUAAAUAAAAAAAAUUUUCUAGUUGAUAUUUGUUCUUAUUCGCCCAUGCCUUUGAAUA